UCUUCUCUUGUGACAAUCCAGACAGAAAGGAAAAGCCUUCCUGAGUUCAGCUGAGUUACACGGCGCUGCGAUGACAGAUUGUUGUUGUUUUGGUACCAAAGGACCAACUUCGAAGAGGGAAAUGGAGUUAAGUUAACCACUACCCGAACAUUCCUGUGUAUUAAGUGGACAUUUGGUAAAUACUUAGGGUUGUUGCGCCUCCGGGGACAAAGUUGGCGCAUGGAGAGGGACGAAGUUUCCUUUUUGCGCAGCGUCUUUUUCUUUGUUUUUGUCUCAACUGCGUUUCAAACGUCACACGGCUUUUCGGACAACUAACGCGAGUACAGUUUUGACCCUUUGGUUGUGGUUGAAGUGAAGGUUACAAGAGAACAAGCCAACUUGGGGUGCAUCACGUCGGGUUGAGAUGGUGGACAGCAAACCUCUUCUCCAGGACAGACCGCCCUCCUACAACGCCGUCCCAGGGGCUUACGAGUAUGCCCCGGCUCAGAGCAGCUAUGGGGCCAUCCCGCCGCCGGCUCCACCGCCCUACCAGUACCCCGCCGGACAAGGAUACCCAUCAGCCCAAAUGGGCCCUGCCAUAGCCCAGCAGCCCUACCCCGGGACCUACACCAUUAUACAGCCGUCUGUGGUGGUGGUGGGAGGCUGCCCCGCCUGCAGAGUUGGUGUCCUGGAGGAUGACUUCACCUGCCUGGGGAUCCUGUGUGCCAUCUUCUUCUUCCCUCUGGGUCUCCUCUUCUGCUUUGCACUGCGCCAGAGAAGGUGUCCCAACUGUGGCGCCACCUUUGGUUAGAGGGAACAAACCACGGCCCGUGCACCUGCUCCUGCUCCCACGCAUACACACACACACACACACACACACACACACACACACACACACACACACACACACACACACACACACACACACACACACCUACAAACAUGCAUAAUCCAGCAUUUCCCUGUCUUUACUUUACUCCUAAUAUUGCACAUUUGCUGUUGCCAUUAUGUUAUGUAAAAGAUCAAGAUGAUAUUACAAUUAUGUUUUAUUACAGGCAUGCAUACAAAUCUAUUUUCCCCUUGGUGAGGAUGUAUUCUAGCAUAUGUUACUGUCCAGCUGUUGUCAGUGCCUUCACUACAUGCCCAGUGAUCAUCAGAGAUUCCAUCAGUCGAGAUUCCUCAGUUGUCCAAGGACCUGAGCAGAUUCCUUUAUGUUUUUCAAGCCAGAAAUAACAUAAUAAGAAACAUGAGUUUAAUUUUUCCUUUUGUCUUCGCUGGCACACUGCAUAUAUAUUUCUCUGCUUAGUUACAUUGUAAUCAACAAAGCAUCCAUGUAGAUCACAGAUGUACCAGCUUUUUCCAGAAAUGUAAACCUUUUUUUUGAGAUGUUUGUUUUUGGCUGAAUGUGACACAGGGAAACACAUGUUUUUUUGAGAAAACAAGCGUACAUGUAACGAACCCUUGGACGUGAUCUGUCCCAGCUGAAACAAUGGACUUGUCUCAGACAUUUUGUCUCUUUUUUGUUUGAUAUCAUUUCUUGGGGCCAUAUUUGCACGGAAGGUUUGUUUGAUGAUUAUUCUGCUGGGUUGUGCUUUUCCAGGGCCAAUGCAGACCUCAGGUACAUACAAUCUGAAAUGCCCUCGACUUUAGAACCUCAAUCACUGUCUGACUUCGGACUUCUGCCUACUUUAAGAGGACUCUUUUGUCAAAGCGCAGACUUCUCCUUUAAUAUCCAGAGGUUCACUUCAAAGAUGCAUGCUGGGAGUAAAAGCUGAAGACAUCUCUCAAUAAUGUGUAAAAUCUCUGGAUUUCGAUCUUAGUACUCUGUGACAAGUCAUCCUGCGCCCUCCUAACCAGACAAUCAAUCGAGAAUGUCUUUGUCCCCGUAUCUGAUGUGUAUCCGUGUCUACGUCUUCCAUCACAGCCAGAUGUUAUAUAGCUGUCCAUGGCAGUAGAAAAAGAGAUAGAACUAGGUGGUGGGAGUGGUUUUAAAAAUCAACUUGCUUUAGAGAACACACUACGCACGCUCUUAUGAUUGAAGUUCUUACUUUUUAUAUUUGAGUUACUGUAAUUAAAAAUGAAUGUGCCAUG